GAGGAUAUCUAUCUCACUGUGAUCGUCCAGUGCCGAAACGACGACUACGGAGGCAACAUGCUCCUUCGCUUGAACCGAAUGUUGGCAACAACUGCGACAAUGCUCCACUCAGCUCAAGUGCCAGCUGAGAUCAUUGUCGUGGAAUGGAAUCCGCCGCUGCACGAGCCCCACAUGCGGGAAGCCAUCACGCGCGAGCCCGGUGGAGAGAGCGUGCCCAUCCGCGUGAUCCAUGUGCCCACAUCGAUUCACAUGUCUAUGCCUCAUCACAAGGCGCAUCCGAUUUUCGAGCAUACGGCAGAAAACAUAGCAUUCCGACGCGCUCGUGGACAGUUUAUUCUCAAGACGAACAUAGACAACAUUCUCAGUCCGUUUACCGUGAUGUUUAUCGCCAGGAGAGAGCUGCAGCCCGAUGUGGUCUAUCGUGCUGCCUACAUGGAGUAUGAUGUGACAUGUCCCGAGACAGAGGGCAUGACGGCGAACGAGUUGCUCGAUUGGCUCUUCUCGCGGGAGGACUUGGUCAACAACAUGAACUUGGAGUUGGCAGACUUGAGAGAAAAGUAUCCAGACGACGCCAUGGUGUGCAUGGAGUCAGGACAAGACGUCGCCCAAGGCGAAUUCGAGCACCGACCUUUCUACUGGCCCGGCAGCGGGGACUUUGUGCUUACAAGUAGACGCUGGGUCCUGGCCGUCCAUGGGUAUCCGGAGGUGGCGCAGAACUGGCAGACCGAUGACCUGAUUCACUGUAGACUGCGUGCUGCUGGCGUACGGCAGGUUGUGCUGCAGCCCCCGUGCGUGACGGUCCAUCAGAACCAUCGGCGCAUCAAUCGGGUCCGUGCCAGCACCAGAUGGGUCAUCACGGACCACAACUUCAAGGAGGUUUGUGCCAACCCAUUUCGUCCGAUGCAGACAGAGAUUGGCUUGGAUGACAAGUGGGGCUUCGCAGACUAUGCCUUCGAUGAGUUUGUGCUGUAG